AGAGUUCGGAAGAUCAAAUGCGAUGAAACCCCCGGGGCCUGUGUCCGAUGUACCUCCACGGGACGUCGGUGCGAUUACGACCUGAACCGACUGCCUGUGAUUGCCCGAGGACGCGCCCGACCCAUCUGGCCGCAGAAAUGUCCCCGAAUGCUGCCUGUCCAGCCGGGGGCCAGCACCGAUGAAAGGCGCUGUUUUGAGAUCUUCACUGCCCAUACAGUCCCCAUGAUGGUCUGCUGGUUUGACUCGGAGGUCUGGCAGCAGAUUGUCCUGCAGAUGAGCCAUGCUGAACCAGCUGUCUACCAUACCGUCGUGGCCUUGAGUGCCCUCCAUGAAGAUGGGGAGGUGACUGGUCGGCCUCCCAGCAAGCUCGACUUGACGAAUCGCCAUCACCGAUUUGCGCUCGAGCAGUAUGGCAAGGCCAUCUCGCUUCUGCGUCGGCGGUUGACUUCGCAGGACCCGCAGGUUCGAGAACUCGCCUUGAUGUGUUGUAUCAACUUUAUCUGCUUCGAAUUGUUUCGGCAAAACUACGGAAACGCCUUUAUCCAUCUACAGAAUGGGGCCAAGGUCUUGGAUUAUCAUCUCAAUACAUCCAGGACGUUGUUGGGUGCAAACAGAUCGUCCACUGUCCGUCUGCAUCGUGCACGCUGUGUGUCCCGGACGGAAAUGGCGUUGACCAAAGUCUUUGUGCAUCUGGACGCGCACUCGGCUCAGUUUGGUCAGGAGGGUCCCUUGUUAAAUCUGCCUCUGGGGGUGGACGGGAACAAUGUUCGGAUUCGCAGUGUCCUCGACGCGAAACAGCAACUCGAUCCCAUUCUGAGCAACAUCCUGCGAUUUCGCCGAUCCUGCGAGCCACUCCUGCGCGGGGCCAGGAAUGGCGAGAUGGAUAUGGUGACUGCCAUAGCCGAGCAGGCCCAGAUUCGCGGCUGGAUGAUGGCGCACAUGGCCGCAUUCGACCACUUUAUGCGGGACCAGGUCAUCAGCACGCUUAGCAGAAAGGAACGGCGGGGCGUGGAUGUGAUGCGGAUGCAACAGGUCGCCUUGCUCAAUAUCCUGGACACCAGCCUGGUGACCUCGGAAAUGAUCUAUGACGGCUAUCUGGGCGAGUUUCAGACCAUCACCCGUCUCGCCGAAGGAAUCAUCGCCAGCUUCUAUGCGGAGCAUGGCCGUCGCCGGACCACCGUGGCCAUCGACAUGGGAGUCAUCCCCUCGCUGUUCUGGGUGUGUUUGAAGUGCCGGCAUCGUGCCACUCGGCAACGCGCGCUCGCGCUGUUGGAACUGUGGCCCCAUCGCGAGGGCGCCUAUGAUGGGAGGGUUAUGGUCACCCUUGCCCGCGAGCAUAUAGCCAUGGAGGACCAGGUGCAAGCGGUCCAGGGCGAGUGGGUGGUCAUUCCCGAGUGGGCUCGUGUGGGUAGUGUCGACCGAGUCGAGUCGGCCGACGAUGAUGCAGAAGACUGUAACAAUGGCCCGAGUGAAGCCUUCCUGCCCUGA